AUGUCUGUGGAUAAUGGGCUAUCGGAGCCAUGGGUUGUGAAAUUUAGUAAGUCGCGGAAACGUGAGUACUUCUUCAACCCAGAGACAAUGCAGUCCCAGUGGGAACUUCCAGAGGGUACAGAUAGUGCCAAGUUGGAGCAGUACUUAGUUGAGAACCCAUUGAAGGUUAGGUGUUUGCACCUGCUCAUCAAGCAUGAUGGGUCUCGUAGACCUUCAUCGCACCGCAAUGAAACCAUUACACUUACUAAGGAGGAAGCUCUGAAGGAGUUGGAGAAGUACGCAGAACGGUAUGAAAAUGGGGAGAAGUUUGAGGAUCUUGCCCAUGAGAGGAGUGACUGUUCGUCUUACAAGAGGGGAGGUGAUUUAGGGUUUUUUGGCAGAGGCGAAAUGCAGCCUGGGUUUGAAAGGGCUGCUUUCAGUUUAAAAGUGGGUGAAGUGAGCCAAGUUGUAGAAUCUGAGAGUGGUCUUCACCUGAUCAAGCGUGUUGGUUAA